GUCCUGGGUAGGAUGUCUCAACAGCAGCGAGAUCUGUGACCAGGUGUUAUGAGUCCGAAAUUACAAGCUGCAGAGUAAUGCGCCGUUCCCUGACUUUCAUUCAUCUGAUGGUGAACUCGUCUCAAGAGGCAGAGGAGAGUCCCACUCCGCAGCACACGGUUCACAUCCCCUCCACCUGUCUGCAGAGGAUCAGCGGAGAUGCGUCUCAGAAGGAGGUCCUGCUGGUCGCCACGGUGAUCAACAGCACUUUAUUUAAGCUGAGCCCCCCGAUGAUAGGGCGGGUCAUACUAGAGAAGCCUAUCAUCAAACAAGUUCUAGGGGGGUUAGUCCUGGUAGUGAGGGCGGGGAGCCAGCCUGUCAGAAACCUCUCACAACCCGUCAGAUUAACCUUCAGACACAACAAACAGGUAGAAAAAGGGACAUGUGUGUUUUGGCAGGAGUCACACUUUAAAAAUGGAACAGGUGUUUGGAGCACAGACGGAUGUGAAACCAGUGAAACUGGAUCGGAGUAUAUUUGUAGCUGCAACCACCUGAGCUUCUUUGCUGUGCUUGUGAACCCAGCACUAUCAGUACAGUCUAAACGCAAUGCUGUGAUCCUGAGCUACAUCACCUACAUUGGUUCAGCACUCUCCAUCUUCUUCACCAUCAUCAGCCUGAUCAUCUAUAUAUGUCUACAACGACAGCGUCCUGAGAAGGCUAUCGGUGUGCAUUUGCAACUCUCAGUAGCACUGCUCUGCCUCCACCUCAGCUUCCUGCUGGGCAGCUUCUGGGUGUGGCAGCUGAAGGAGGGUGAGGAGGGCUGGGUGUGCGGGGGUCUGGGUCUCUUCUUACACUGGUCGCUGCUGGCCACUGUUUGCUGGAUGGCUCUGGAAGGAUUCCACCUCUAUCUCCUCUUGGUCCGCGUCUUCAACAUCUACGUCAGGAGAUACCUGCUGAAGCUCAGCCUGGUUGGAUGGGGUAUUCCUACACUGAUUGCAGGGGUUUGUGGGAUUUCAGGUGUUUAUGGCAAAUACACUUUGAAAAUAAUUGAUGCCACCAACCCCAAUACAACAUCACAGAUAUGCUGGAUGAGCAGCCAGUUCCCACAUAUGCCUUUAGUCAGCUACCUCACUACCAUGGCCUUCCCUUGCCUGGUUAUACUGUGUAAUUUCUGCAUGCUGGGGUUGGUGGUGUUUAAGCUGUGGAGGCUGAGGGCGGGCGGAGGCAGUAGUGGCUGGAAGAAGAUGCACAGAGAGAAAGGGAUUAGAUUAUGGAAGGACUGUGCCACGGUGCUGGGCCUCAGCUGUGUGCUGGGCUUACCCUGGGGGUUAGCUGGGACCACCUACAUCUCCCUCUCUGGGAUCUACCUUUUCACCAUACUAAACUCCUUGCAGGGUUUUUUUAUGUUCCUGUGGUCCGUAGCUUUGACCUGCAAGCCUCGAACUGAUGAUAACUCCUCAAGCAGAGACCCUUCCUCUCAGAAAGUGAUGACUACCAGUUUCAAUAACUGAUAAUUACAGCUCUGUUCAUCUUCUGGCCCAUCUCCCAGCUACCUUUUUUAUCUAAAGUCCUGGAGCGAGUAGUCUAUGCCCAGCUGCAGUCGUUCUUAACCACGCAUGGCAUUAAUGAAAAGUUUCAGUCUGGCUUCAAACCCAUGCACAGUACUGAAACAGCCCGUUUAAGAGUUUUUAAUGAUCUGCUCCUAGCCGCCGACUCAGGUAGCCUAGCUGUCCUGGUGCAGUUAGACCUGACAGCUGCCUUCGACACUGUGGACCAUAGCAUCCUGUUGUCACGGCUUGAACAGUCCGCAGGCAUCACAGGCUCUGCCCUUGCAUGGUUCAGGUCCUACCUGACAGACCGUAGCUUCUCUGUGCA